AUUGUCUUAAAUGAAUGGCAAUCAGAAGUUCUGUUCCUGCUACCUGUAUGCGAAUGAAGGGGCAGGGGCAGGGGCAUGGAAAUGGGCAAGUCUCCGUCGGUCAUUCACGAGUGGCACAAGCAUCUUUUGCUUGUUCCCUCUGCUUCAAAAGUGGGCCGUCGUCAUCAUUAGCCUGCUGUUUGCCAACCACGGGGAAAGAUAUCUGUUGAAGACUGCUGCUCCUCCAGUUCUAUGGGACAAAUCUUUUAGCCCGAGUGCCAGGUAUGAGGAUCAGGCUGCAGGGCUCCAGUCAUGCGGUGCGUCUCCUCUCUGAACUCAACCGCUGCCGCCUGUCCCGUCUCUUCUGCGAUGUGGUGCUUCAGGUGGGUGGGCGCUCCUUCCCAGCCCAUCGAGCUGUCCUGGCCUGCUCAUGCACACACUUCCACAGUCUCUUCUCUCAAGGACCGCGCUCCACUCUCUCCCUGGACUUUGUGUCGGCAGCCAACUUUGAGAAGGUGCUCACUUUCAUCUACACGGGGGAGAUCUUCACCGACCUUAUCGAUGUGAGGGUGCUCUACGAGCUUGCUGAGAGGCUGGGCGUAAGGGAACUGGUGCAGGCGUGCCAUGCCACCUUCCCUGACCUGCAGAGCUCCUCGGCGGGCCAGUGCAGCAACGACCGGGACCUGGACCCUGAGGUGGCGUCAGCUGGUGGUGCCAUGGCUGCCUCUGUGUGCUCGUCCUCUGCCGCGUCCUGCUCUUCGCUCUCCUCCUCGGCUGCCCCCACUCCGGCCACGCCGUCACCAUUCUCUCAGGGCAGAGCCUCCAGGUUGGGCCAACCUCACGCCGUGGCCCUUUCACUCUCCCUGUCGCCAAAGGCUGAGGACGCACAGUCACACGCUGCGUACAGCCAGGUGCCAGACAGCAAGCCCGCUUCAGAUGCACAGCGCCCAGCGCAUGCAUCGACCGAGUGUCCCCCGAUGCUCCCGCUGCAGCUCAAGAUGGAGGUGGAGGAAGAGGAGGUGGCCAGUGGAUGUAUGGAGGAAAGGACAGAGAAAGGGAGGGGCGAGAUGGAGAACACGCAAGUAGUGGUCAGCGGGACUAAAACGUUAGCGGGCACCGGCGUUCCGCUGAGCAGGGUCUCGGAGGCCUGCUCCUUCCCAGACUCCUCGGCCCAGCUGGGCAACGAGACCUGUGCCCUGUCCUCCUCCUGUGCGGAACCUCUGGAUGGCCUGCAGAUGGGCCCAGUGGAGGACGGAGACGUGGCCACCAUCUUUGAAGAGGAGGAGGCUGAGGAGAGACGGAGGACGUUGCAGGCCGGGGAGCAGCCAGAGGGGGCUGAGCAGUGGAGAGGGCUUGCUGAGGAGAUCAUCGAGCUUAGCGACGAAGAGGAGCGCUACCUGGAGGAGGAAGAGGAUGAGGAGGACGAAGAAGAUCUGGUGUUUGUCGAGAACGGCAGUGGGAACGGUAGCGGCGGCGCCGGUGAUCCGACCAGAGAGGCAGGCAUGGUGGCGGCGGCAGCGUGUAAAGUCUGCGGGCUGGCACUUCCAGCGGACGCCACUGCCAUCCGGGCCCACGCAGAGACGCACCUGACGGAGGCGGGCGAGUGCCGUGUGUGUGGAGCGGCCUUCCCGGAGCAUGGCGCCAGCGUCACGCACGCCCUCUCGCAUGUGGGCAUCCUGCUGUUCUCUUGUGACAUGUGCCAGCUGCAGUUCUGCAGUCAGGCCAAGUUGGUGCGCCACCGCCGGCAGUCAGCAGCUUGUUACAUCCUCCCCACCCCCGAUCAGCUCAACAGCGUCACCCAGAACCAAGGGGGAGAAGUGCAGUGUGCGGUAUGCACCAAACCUUUUGCCAAAGACUUCAAGGCUGUACGAGAACACCUGCUGACCCACGUGUGUGUCCAGUCUUUGCGCUGUUUGGUGUGCCAGCUGCCCCAGGCCUCCCUCUGUGCCCUGCUGUGGCACGCCCUCACACACCUCUCCCUGGCUGCCUUCUCCUGCCCGGUGUGUGCCUGUGGCUUCCUGGAGCGCCCCCUGCUGGACAGGCACAUGGUGCUGCAUGCCGACGCCUCCAUGCUGGCCAGGGGAGGAGGGCCAGACGGCACCAACGGCCAGGAGGAGGACUACCGCUGCUUCCUGUGCCCGCAGACCUUCAGCUCGGCCGCCGCCUUCCACGGCCACCUCAGUGCCCACGCCGGGGGCGAGUUGGGCCUUCAGGGCUGGAUGGGUGCGAGGAAGCGCAAACACGACACAGGGCUGGACUUCUCAUCGUGCUCGUCCUCCUCCCCGAUGGAUGGCGGCGGCGGAGGCAGUGGUCUGGGCAAACUCAACCUGGGCUUCGGCCUUGGCUUGGGUCUCCAGGACAAAGUCCUCCAGGGAGGGCUGCCCUGCUUCCCCGGCGGGCUGAUCCCGAACAGCAGCGACGGCUCGGGCGGCGCGAUGGGCGGCGCGGUGAAGCAGAAGUGGUACCGGUGCCGCUACUGCGGCAAGCGCUUUGCCCACUCGGGCGAGUUCACGUACCACCUGCGCAUCCACACCGGCGAGAAGCCCUACCAGUGCAAGGUGUGCCUCCGCUACUUCCGCGGCCGCUCCACCAUGAUCUGCCACCUGAAGACGCACUCGGGCGCUCUCAUGUACCGCUGCACGGUCUGCGGCCUCUACUUCUCCACGCUCAAGCUGGUCUCCUCGCACAUGGAGUUGCACAAGGACCAUCUGCCGCCGGACUUCAACAUCGAGCAGACCUUCAUGUAUAACGACCACUCCAAAGAGCCCCUGUCCAACCUGGAUGUCCCCUGAGUUGUCGAUAUAUCUCAACCCCCACUGCCUUGUCCUAAGUGUUUCCUAUUCCUUAACUUCCUUGUGUUUGCCAGGGGACCAUAGCUCUGUGGACACAGAAUGUAUUUAACUGCCUGUUGGUAUAACCAUUGUGCUUUUCUAUGUGAAAUCUUGAGAUGGUAUAGCAGACUUUUUUUUUUUGUUGUUCUACAGAAAAGAAAAUGCAGCCUUUAUGCGGUGCGUAGCAGUUUUUAAAACUCUGUCCAUUACUUUGAGUAAUGGUCAUUAUUCCAAGCAAUGUCAUUGUAAUGUUUGUUGACUGCUGUAUGUGUUGAGCGUGUGAAAUGAAACUGUUACCUUUUGAAAUUAGGUAGCGCCAUGGCUACUUGAUGGCAGCAUAUGAAUAUUUGUGUGGGUGGAAAUCCCCAGAGUACUGUUAAGUGGUCAUCACCUCAGAUUCUAUUUGCUCUCUCAGGCCUAAGCCAUGGAAGACACAACAAGCUUUUUAAACUAACUUUAAAGGUGCAAUAUGUUAUUUUUGUUGUCAGAAUUCGAAAAUGCUUUUUGAGACUGAACACAAAUGUCAUUAUUCUAAGGGCGUGGUGGUGAAGCAACAGUGUCUCACUGUUUUAAUAGAUAUUGUUUGUGCAACUGUUUGUAUUUAUCUAGGAUUAUAUACUGUGGAAACAAAAACAUGAAGAUAACAAAUCCAUAAGAAGAACAUUGUUUUCAAACUCUAGGCCUAUAGAAUGUGCAAUUAUAAUGCUAGUAAUGGUCUUGUCCUUCAGAAUGGCAUUACUGUAUUGGUCUUGAAAGUGUUUUCUCUUUGACAUCAAGAAACUACAUAUUUCACCUUUUUAAGCUAUCGCAGUUCUGAGCAAUAGAAAAGCCUCGUUCUGCACACUGACCAGGUGAGGUGUUUUUACUUGUAACUGUUAAAUGUCUUUAUCGAAAAUAAUUCCUCUUUCAAAACUCAAUUGUGUUAUUUUUAUAUUAGAGCUGUCACGUAGGUAUACAUGUAUAACCUUAUGUGGAAUAUUUUGUGUCCGUGUAUAAUACAUCGCUUUGUUGUGGUGUUCUAAUAGGUUAAAGUGGAAGUUCUGUAUUUUGCAACCUAAGGUCUAUUUUUGAAUGAUAACAAGAACAUUUUUGUUUGGGAGUAAAACAUCAGUCACAAUUUUGAGUAAAACCAGAAAAUGCAUUUUUAAUGAAAUAGCCAUAGAACUGAGGUUAGGGAACAAUGUUGAUAUGUCAAAAAAAAUAUCAUUUAAUAUCCAUGCCCCUAUGGGAAAUGGUCCCUUCAGACAAAUGGAAGUAUUCUUACCUUUGUAACUGUACAAAAGGAGUGUAACAUGUUUGUGCAGUCAGGGUUUUUUGCCACCAUCUUGUGAGGAGAAAGUUCUUUCAAGUCAAUUACCAAACUCUUCUAAUUUUUCGUACAUUGACAGUAGCUUGUAAUGCAUUUGGUAAUAAACUCGUUCAGGCUUUCUCCUUGCAAGAUAAACUCAACUGAUUGAAAUUGCUCUAAUCCCAGUUGAAAAUGUACUCAUUCAUGAGUGAUGUUAUGACACUAUCAUUCAAAAGUAGACCCUAGGUUGAAAAAUGCCAAACUUCCCCUUUAAGUAUACUUAAUAAUCUUGAACAUUUAAAUAUCGAUAACUCCUCUUCCAAGAGACAUAUCAGUGGUACUGCCAAUAUAGGAAUUGGUGAAAAGAACCAACACUGGUGCAAAACUGUGUCAUGUGAAACAGAUGUUCCAGUUUGGGUUCUGUGCCACAUGUCUAUGUAUGAGAAAAUACUUACACUUUGAUAAGCUUUAUAUGCCAUGUCAUUUUAGAUCAUGUUUAUUUUUCGAUUAUGUUUCUGUCAUCUUGAGGACUCUCCAACAGACAGUGAUUACCUUAAGCGUGGACUAUGUCCUCGUGGGCCUCAUCUCCUGUGUUGUCAGACCUUUUAUUUAUUUUAUUUAUACAGUUGUUAUGCUUUGUUUUGGUAAAAAACAAAUAUUACCAUUCACAACACACAGAAUGCCUUUCAAAACAUUCUAAUAGUUUGUCUUUCCAAGUGAAAUUAAAAUAUUGAAAGAAAAGAAUAUGUCAUGAUUAAACUGGUGAUUAGAGAAUUAAAUGGUUCCUUGCAAGGCAAACCCAAUGCAGUGUAUAC